AUGUCCAGCGACCCCUACACAACUGAUCCGCAGAACGCCCCGCCCGGAAACAACCGCCAGUCCCACCGCGCUCGGACGGUCUCGGAAGGCACCACCUCUGAGGACGACAACAAGCCUUACGGCCACAAAUCCAGAGAAGACCUGGAAAACGAGUUAGCAGCCGAAAAGGAAUGGAGGAGAAUGGCAGAAGCCGAGUCCCGCGGGAUGAGAAACGCCCUACCGUCUACAGAAUGGAUGCAAGAAGUCAUCAGGGAAGUAGCAGCCCAAGCAAUAGCCAAUAUGACGCCACCAAUCAUCAAUAUGCCUCCUCCUAAUAUCAGCAUCGGUACCAUCAACUCGAAGCGUCGUAUGCCUGCGCCGACCUCAGCUGAAGCUCCGGUCAUCCGAAAAGGACCUAUCGAGAGGGCACUCAUGGACUUCUUCACAGAACUUGAGUCGUGCUUUGAUGAGGCUGGCGUCAAGACCGAAGAAGAAAAGGCAGGGAAUGGGACAAAAGUUCCUUUGGAUUGCUCAG